AUGCACGGAUCCCAGCACACAAGCUCCUCUGGCUCUGCUCAGACAUCGAGCUCCAUCCAGUCUGGACAGUACCAAAACGAGCCUCGUACACCCUAUGGCCCCAGGUACCAGCACUCCACCAAUCCGAGUUCUUGUGACAGCAGCGUUACAGGCCUGACCAAUAUUUUCAGAGGAUUGAAUCUGCAGAAUUCUCGACCCAAGUUCAACGGUCCAAAGGGUACCGCCCCCGUUCAAGUGAACACAAACAUGGACUGGUCGAAUACCAACCGUGCGUACAACAGCCCAUUCAUCCUGGUUCCUAAUUCCACCGUUUUUAAUGGGGUUCCGACCGUUUCUUCGUUUGUUCCCAACGGUGUCUCUGGUCAGUCAGAUCAGAUGGGCCAAUUCUCCUAUGUUCCAACCGGAGUUUAUCCAAACGUUAACCCUGUGGUGGCUGGUGGAUAUUCGUCGUGGCCUUAUAUGAUGAACUACGACAUGCAUGAUGGCACGGCCAACAAGCAACCUGCAUGGAAUCUGUCUGAAGCUCAGAAGGGAGCACAAGCGGAAAACGCUGGCCAAAUCCAUUACUACCCCUCCGCCCUCGUUUCGGGCCUGGACGGUGCUUCCAUGUCUGCCUACUCUUAUGGAGGCAUGAUUCCCUCUCAGCUUGGGUCGCUCUCGCUUCCUCUACAGAUGAUGAAGACUCCGAACGGAUACGUCAUUCAAGACCUGGAGGCCCUCACUCAGCAAGAGCCUGCCAUUCCACGCGCGGUGCCUGCCAUGUGGACCAACCCGUCUGAGCUGACCCUCGCUAAGUGUCUGGAGAACCGUGAGGGUAUAACCAAUGUCUACAUUCGAGGAUUCCUGCCCGAGACCACCGAUGAGAUGUUGCACGCCUAUGCAGCCCGCUUCGGAAAGAUUGAGCGUUGCAAGGCGAUCGUGGAUCUGGACACUAGCCUUUGCAAAGGAUUCGGAUUUGUUCAGUAUUACAGCUUUGAGUCCUGCGAGAACUGCAUUCGUGGUUUCUUUUACCUUGGCUACCAAGCUAGCUUCGCACAGAAAUCUCGCAACUCUCGCCUGAAGGAUCUGGAGGACAAAUCUUCCACCAAUAUAUACUGCACCAACAUUCCAAUCGAUUGGACCGAAGCUGACUUGCAUCGUCAUUUCGAGCCAUGGCGUGUUGUUUCAGAGAAGAUUAGUCGGGAUGAGAAGACAGGUGUAAGCAAGGAAGUGGGCUUUGCACGCUUCGAAAACCGUGAUGUUGCCGAAAAAGUCUUGAUGGAAUUCCAUAACGUCACCAAGGACGAUGGGGUCAAGCUGCUUCUGCGGUUUGCCGACACCAAAGCACAAAAGAUCUUGAAGCAACAGAGCAACGAACGUCGUGCUUACCGCGCUGGAGAGUACAACUACUCGGUUGAAGUGGUGCAGGGAUCCACCCCAUCCCCUGGCAUGAAACGUGGCUCGCAUCUUACUCCAAACUCUCAAGCCAGCUACACCUCUCCAGCUGGAGUGGGCUCUAACUGGACCCCAGCAACCUCGAUCUCUCCUUGCCACCCACACAUGAAGAAUCCAUCCAGCAGUGCACGGAGCAGUUCCUUGUCGUCUAGGAGCCUGAAUGCGCUUGAUCACACACCCGCAUAUCGCAGUCGCGCUUUCUCCUUGAGCCGUCGCUCUUACACUGAUCUCUCUGGUGGUUCUUCCAAGACUGUCAUGCCGGGCUCGCCGACUAUGGACCAUCGCAAGGAGAACAUCAGAGCGGGAUCUGUAUCCCCUGCUUCUUCGUCUCCCAUGAUCAUUCUCUCUCCGGCUCGCUCAUGCGCUUAA